AUGAAUUUACCGGACGUUUCUGCGUUGAGUCUUCAUGACCCAGGGCCAUCCUUGUCACAUCUAUUCCCAAAUAACAUCGAAAUACAAGAUGACCGAUAUCUUCAAAAACUCAAGUCAUACGCCAAGUCGCUACCCUACACAAUUGAACCGUACUCAAAGAUGAUGGACAUGCUGGAUUUUAUCGUUCUCAGAAUUGUGCAAUGCGUCGAAGCCAAGGAUUAUGAGGUCGGAUUUUUACAAUGGGACAGUAUGCUUUCAUACUGGUCAAUGCUUAAAUAUCCCAUUCCAAAGGAUAGACGGAUUGCGCUGGCCAAAAUCUACUUUUAUGUCGGCAUCACUCCUGGCAUGCCAGCUCAAAUCAUUGCGACCUGUGCGGACGGCUUCAAAAUCCUUACCCAGUCGAAGAAGAAAAUAUCCAUCGAAGACUUAAGGCUUCCUUGGAAGCCUAUAUACAAUAUACUCAGCCAAGAUCUGUUCUUGUCUCGUAGACAAUUUGAAUACACUCAGUUAUCCUGGUGCAUGGGUUACAUCGCUGAAAACUCUCGACGAUUCUUCCAUCCCGCCGCCAUCGAUGAGAUGCUCUCUACGUUCAUACCGUUGAUUAACGGAAGCCAGUUAGAUACCAUCCUCUCAUCCCAGUACUACCUUCUGUCGUUUUUACCGUUGAGUCACCCUCAGUCGUAUCUGCCGAUGUUACUUCGCAUUUGGGAGUCUAUUAAUUCCUACAAAUAUGAUGAGCGUAUGCUGCACUUUCUCUCCAAACUCGCAGAAAUGCAUGUUUCUCCGGAAGUCAGUGAUCCUCGUAAAAUUCAUAGUAUUCCAGACGAUGAGAGGUCUGAAGAUGAAGGUAGACUGAAUGGGUCCAAUGAUACCAAUUUGAAGGAGGAUGCGUAUUGGCCAGGGUUGUACAGGGAUGUUGGUAUCUUCAGCGAACAUGAGUGGAGUUUACUGAUGUGCAAGUGUUUGGCUUCCAUGGAGAUUCCCCUUGCAGAUACAGGGUCCCUCACCACAGGUCCGUCCGCUGACAACCAAGCUGGCUUUGAAAUCGGACGAUUGCCAAAACCGAGCUGGCGAAUCCCGUCCCUUGCUAAAAUCAUAGUCUAUUCUAUGGCACCUGAUGGACUACCAGCUCCUCCUUCAAAUGCCCCCACUCCAUUAUUUUCCCCCUCCCCGUCGGGAAUGAACACUCCAUCAAUUGGUAGUAGCACCCUCGGGGAAUACCUUUCUGCACCUUUAGGUAAAGGUGUUCAAGGCAAGGGGAAGACCUAUCUUGCUGGCUCGAAGGCCCUUGAUUCUCUCGCGAGACUAAUUGCGUCAGUGGAAAGCUUUUUCCAUCCAACUAAUUCGGGCGAUUGGACCACAGAUUUGAGCGCGUUCAUCAAAUUGAUCGCUUAUAACUUCAAUAAACGAUGGUAUGAAGAGCGUCAACCCGACUGCGAAACCCCCUUGAACCGGCGAUUAUCGAGAGCGAUGAAGAGAGAGCUGGUAAAGUCCCUCCGCACCGUCGUCUUACUUGCCAUGUUUUCCGAAGAUUCCGGGACCGUAUCUAACAUCCAGAGUUGUCUGAAAUCCAUGUGUGUAAUGGAGCCGGAUCUGAUUCUCCAUCCUAUUCUCGAGCGCGCUAUCCCAUCUUUAGAAGCUUUGACUGAAACACAAAGGACGAUCGCGGUCAUCAAAGCUUUGGGAGCUGUGGCUCCAGCUAUCGUUUGCCGCGAUGUCUAUUACCCUGGAGCGAAGUACUUGAUUCCUAUUCUGGAUCUACUGAUUCCAGGCAUUGACUUAAAUGAUCCGUCCAAAACUCUUUGUACUACCGCGUUCUUGGUAGAGAUAUCACAGUACAUCCAGUUCAGUGAUCUGAGUGAUACAUCGGGAACAAUACCGACACCUACAGAACACAAUCCGCAGCAGAACGAAUUCGCGAAAUCAUCUGGAAAGCUUCCCUCUUUCGAACUCAAUGGAUUCGGGGAUCUGGUAUCAGAUAUGGAGUCUCGGUUAUCACCCGACGAAGAAGACACGCUACUGAAGGACUCGACUGCGAGCUUUGCGGAUUGGCUCGCUAAUUUUAUUCGACGAGUCAUUCAGCUCAUGGAAAAUCUUCCAGAAGAAGGCCCUGAUGGGAAAUCGGGCGGUACCACCGAAGCUCAAGUUGUUGAUUCUGUUGUUGGCGCCUGCAGCCAAAUCUGUGUUCAUCUUUCUGAGCCUCUCUAUGAUCUAGUGCUGAAGAUGGUGUUCGACUACGCAAGCACCAAUGUUCGAACCAAUGCUGUCCGAGCCAUACAUCAGCUGGUUGAAUGCGUUGCUAACGCUAAUCCUGAUAAAACAUUGGCGAUGUUCUUUCCGUUCUGUGCGCAUAAAAUUCGACUUGAGCUCGAGAAUGGAGCUGGCUCGUUGCGGACAACUUCAUCCUCUAUCCCAAUCCCAUCGGAUGCGACGUUGCAUUGGAACCUUGCAAUACUCCGGGGGACUGUGUUCAACGACGGCCGGGCUGUGGUUAAGUAUAGGAACGAAUUGCUGUCAUUGGUGCAGUUGUUGCAUGCUAAGAUUUACUCGAAGCGCGGUUUCUCGUGGACUGGAAAAUUCCUUUCGAGCAUGCUGUUGACACUCACGCAUACAUAUCCGUAUGAAAACAAGUUUGUAAACCCAGAGGAAUGGGAAAGUGAAGAAUUUCGCCAAACACAUCAUCAGCAUUGGGGAAAACUAUACGCUAAGGAAGAUGUGACUCCCCAGAUCUCUUGGCAUGUUCCUGACGAUGAAGAGAUCGACUUCGCUAUUGAGGUUUUCAAGAAACUCAUAGAGCCUACACUGGCAACAUUGGAGCACUUACUAUCGGAAUCUGGUGACGAUAGAGAUGCAUUAUGGCGCAAUGAUUUUUGCAGACAUCUAAGUUUGGUUCGUUAUGCCUUUGGAGGUGUACCGACCUUGAUGAAAUAUCAUGUUCGUCCGGAGGAUCUUGCAUACGCAGCCGAAACAAGCGACAUCUUGGAUGAAAUUCCAGAAAUGUUAGCCUCUCUUGAGGCAUUGAAUGCGGGUUUCUGUUUGACCGACCCUAGCGACCCCCGACAUCAAUAUAUGUCCGGAUUGCGAUGGAGAUUCGGGGAAUUUCUUCAUAGGGCUUCGGUUUCUCUCCGACAGCAGGGCGAAGAGAAUACCGUCGACGCCGUGCAUAUGCUGUUGCGGUCCAUCCGAACUUACAUGCUUGAGUAUGGAGAUAGUAGAGAUGGUUAUUUUGUCAACGAGGAUCAGUACGUAUCGACGAAGAAUGUAUCACGCCUGUAUGCUCAGCAACGAGAUUGGCCAAGGGCGGUUUAUGUCCGACGAGCGAGAUUUUAUCACUCAGCGCGUUUACGAUGGAACUCGAUCGACCGAUUACGGGGACCUUUAGAAGAUUCCCUGAUUGACGAUGUGACGCAGUGGUCAAUGUGGCAUUAUGCCAAAGUGCGAAUUUCCAGUCAGUCUCUUCUUGAGAGCUUCUCUCUAUCAUACGACGGCGUUCGACGAAGGGCCCUUCCGCUUUUUUACCAUGCUUUGGAGUUUGAUACCGAUGAUGACGAUCGUAUGAAAGGAGCACUUUGGUCUUUGAAUAUUUCAUCUUUUGGCAAAUAUGCCAUUUCAGAACCUACUCUCGCUACCGAUUUACUUACCAAGCUUUUGGCCUGUCAAUCUAAUGAAAAGACUUCGAUUCAAAGCUGUGUGUCUACUGUCUUCGACACUUGCCUUGGGACUUUCAUUGAACCAAACAAUCUGGUUUACGACGUCUCCACCCCAGCCUUGCACAAAGUUUUGACAGAAUUCAAGGCUUGUCUAGGAGUGAAACCCGAGGACGAGCUUAUCACCGAUAAGUGUAGAAGCAACCGAGUGAACCGGAUUCAACGUCAGGAUGAAGCCGCGGACCGUACGCAUAAAGCGGUCUUAGCAAUCGCAAACUCUUCUAAAACCCAUUGGCGUUACGCAAUAGUUGCAAUGAGAUGUCUUCGUACUCUUGUAAGGAGAGAUAAGCCAUUGACAUCGGCUCAAAUGACCUAUUUCCUCGACUCCGUUCACGACAGUCAACCUACCAUUCGUUACUACGCACAACGUGCUAUACUGAAAAUUACGCGGACACUCAAGCUACGAACAUUUUGUACAAGUCCUGAAGAUCUUUAUUUGGGCCGGAAUCAGAAUCCCCUGAAACAAACCGUGGUGGUGGAUAACCCAUCCCAUGCCUUGUUGCAAAAGUUCUCGAAAGAUUACCGAUAUUUUAUAGACAUUAACCAGGAUCUCUUAUUUUGUGACAAGAACCCACAGGGCUGGAUAGCUUGGGGUCGUUCGAUAUCCCUUUACGAGCCUCCACAUCCCACUCACUCUUCACUCUUACCUUGGGAAUCUGCAAGUCAGGAGGCAGUAUCCGCGGCUUCUCAAAUCGCCACCCGUCCAGAAUUCUGGGAGAAGCUCAACAAAUAUUUGUCCGAAGAAAAUAGCGAAACAUCCAUGACCCAAGAUAACGUUUCCUGCAUUAAGUCUUUAUUCCAAUUACUGGAAGACGAGCCGUUACCGGCGGUCAAGCCAAUAUUAGAUGAAUUGCUCAAAGACAAGGAUGUUGACAAACAGCGUGCUGCCGCUGAAAUUGCUGCAGGUAUAAUCGGAGGCUCGAAGCACUGGCCCCUAAUCAAGCAAAAAAAACUCUGGCAGUGGUUCAAACCCUAUUUCAAAGUUAUUUUCAAUCAAAAUUUAAAAAGCGAUACAGUGGGAGUUUGGUCCUCAUUCCUUGAGUACAUCUUCUACAAAACUGACCCUCGGCGUGUUCAACCUCUGGUGGACUAUUUGUUCGAACUUUUCGAGACCGCGGACCUCAACACUGAGCUAUCUUUCGAUGCCAUCAAGUUCCUUUCGUUGUUCAGGUCAUGCUAUGAAGAACUUGGUUGGAAGUCUUUGGCAUGGCUGGAUGACGCUGUGGAUCGCUACUGGCGCGAACUUCAUAGUGAUCAUGACGAUGUUCGGUCAUAUAUUGCAGAACUUUUGGCGUUUGCGGACAAGAUCAAUUGGCAACCACGACCAUCUCUACCAACUGUUGAAGUUUUUGCUAAAGAAUGCAGAGCAUUACCUGUAGAUUAUGACAUCAUGGGCGUGCGGGGUAACUACAACCAGGGUAGAGUGGCUGAGCUUGUAAGGGACUUCAAAAUCUGGAGAGAGGAGCGAGUAUCUGGAGUUCGAGCGUUUCAGUCAAAGUAUGAUAGGGUCGCUAUCCUCGUGUGCAGAUGGCUCUUUCAAGUGGUCCAUGAUACAAACGCCGUAUGUGUGUUUGACUACAUCCUUCCUCUCAUGCCUGAGCUAUUCCAUUUCACCGAAGUGAAUGAUAACGACGAAUUAGCGAAUCGUGCCAACAUUCUCCUCGUAAGGAUGUGUGGUGUGAGCCCGCCUCGGCCCCUAAUACAUCCUCUCUUGGACACGAUCUUCGAAGCUAUUCAAUCAUCUCCUUCGUGGCGAGUACGAUUGAAGGCACUUCCUCUGGUCCAAGUAUUCUAUUUCCGACAAAUGCCCCUCAUUUCGGACGUUAAAGUGGUCCAAAUGCUCGAGGUUCUGGGUAAAUGUUUGGACGAUGAGGUGGUCGAGGUACGAGAAAUGGCCGCGACCACACUAUCCGGGGUGUUGCGGUUAUCACCCCGUAGCAGUGUUCUCACUUUGAAGAACCGUUUCGUGCGUUUGGCAAGGAACAGCCAUAUUCCUUCUAAAAAAGACCCCACCUACAACAAAUGUGUUCGACAACGACAUGCUGCUAUUUUGGGCAUUUGCGCGCUGGUAGACAGUUAUCCGUACACCGUAGAGAAAUGGAUGCCUGAACUAUUAACAAACGUAUUAGCAGAACACACUUACGAUCCGAUUCCAAUUUCUACCACAGUCCGCAAAUGUGCCCGGAACUUCAAGAAAACCCACCAAGAUACUUGGCACGAAGACUCGAAGAAAUUUGAUGACCAACAGCUCGCUGCGCUGUCCACACUCCUCACCGGUUCCUCUUACUGUAGGUCUUUGUCUAUUCAUUUGUGUGACGUGCUUACCACGGAUUUUGGUGUAGAUGCAUAA